AUGCUUGCCGCCAAUCUGUUGACUCUAGCACUCGCUCCAGCAGCGCUCGCUUUUCCACUUUUCAAGAGAAGUGCCAAUUCUUCCAAUUUUCUUGAUACUCCACAGGUCAAUUCAUCAGAGAUUGCCAACAACUUUACUAUUAGUACAAAUGCAACUCAGACGGUGUCUUUGAUUCAACCAGCUAGCACUUCUACUGGGGAUAUUUCUGUUGGAAGCGGUGGGAAAUUUGGCUCCAUUUUCAAGCCAAAGGUCUUCAUUGUCAACAUGUUCACGAGGGAGGAGACAACAUGGAUCACAAACGAGAAUCUGACUGUUAACAUCACAGUGCCAAUGCUUUCGCCAUUGUACCCACAUGUUCAUUCUAACGAAAACUUCACCGUCAUGUCAUUCACUACUGGUGAGGGUGAAAUCAACGCUGCCUCUUCCAUUACUGCGCUACUAAUGUCGCCUUUGUUUGACUUCUCAGAGACUUAUUUCAUCGUUUCCGGUAUUGCUGGCGGUUCUCCAAAUCUAACGACAAUCGGCUCUGUUACUUUCCCUAAAUAUGCAGUUCAAGUUGGUUUAGCUUAUGAAAUUGACUCAAGGGAGAUUCCUUCUGAUUGGCCAUACGGCUACGUCAAUUUCGGUACCAACAGAACAAAUAUGCCACCAAGUACUAUCUACGGGUCUGAAAUUUUUGAACUGAACGAAAACUUGAGAAACAGAGCAAUGUGGUUGGCUUCAAAUGUUUCUUUGAGUAAUGGUACUGUUGGAAACGUUGCAUUCAGAGACAGAUACAAUAGUUCCUUAGCCGCAUAUCAACCACCAAAGAUUGUCGCCUGUGACACUGCUACUUCUGACGUAUACUGGUCUGGUAACAAUAUUGCAAAAGUAGUUGAAGAUUUUUUUGCCGUAAUAUCCAAUAACACUGCGACCUACUGUUCAACUCAGCAGGAAGACAACGCGACUCUAGAAGCAAUUAUGAGAGCUGCCCAGUUCGGCAUUGCUGACUAUAAUAGAGUCGUGAUACAGAGAGGUAUCAGUGAUUUCGAUAGAGCUCCUCCAGGUUUGAAUGCCACUGAGUUCUUUUUCGAUGCGAACCAAGGUGGGUCCCGUGCAGCAGUCAAUAACUUGUACACCGUUGGUUCUGUGUUGGUAAACGAUAUCAUUGAAAAUUGGGAUUCACUAUACCAAGUCAAUCAUUUCCAACCUGGAAAUUAUAUUGGUGACUACUUUGAAACUCUAGGAGGCGACAAGAACUUCAAAAAAUAA